AAGCAUGGUGUCCCUACUUUUUCAAGUUCAAGGUGUUGCCUGAUUCAUAUUGAGUGGGAUACUGAAACUUCUAUUUAAAUCCGUACUGAAACCGACUCCUCUAGUCUCGAGCACAACGCAGCGCGCUUGCAACGAACUGAAGCCACACACAAGAUGUCUAUAGUUCCCAUGUUAUUUCGUGAUUGGUGGGACGACUGGGAGCGCCCAUCCAGGCUGAUGGACCAGCAUUUCGGGAUGGGCUUGAAGAGGGACGAGCUACUCUCCUCACUCGCCAUGCCUAGCAGUUCCAUCUUCAGAAAUUCUUACUUUAGGCCUUGGAGGACAAGUCUUGCGAGACAGGAAUCCUCGUCAACUAUUAAUCUCACCAAGGAGAAGUUUGAGGUGAUCCUUGAUGUGCAGCAAUUUGCCCCAGAAGAGAUAACAGUGAAGGCGUCGAACAACUCAAUUGUGGUUGAAGGAAAACACGAAGAGAAACAGGACGAGCAUGGAUUUAUCUCGCGUCAGUUUACUCGCAGAUACAUCCUCCCGACCGGAUAUGACGUUGCAGACCUAGUCAGCACUCUAUCCUCUGAUGGAGUCCUUACAAUCACGGCCCCAAAACGCCCUCCACCUAACAACGGAGAGAGGGUCAUCCCUAUCAUGAAGACUGGUCCAGUUAAGCAACCUGAAGCUCCAAAAACUUCAGAACAACCACGGGAACAGACCGUCCCAAUAGUAACCUCGCCUUAAGUGCCCCGAGACGAAUGCAACGAUCGAAAUAAAACUAGCAUUUACGUCUUAAUAUUAUAAAUUAAACCGCUGUUGGCCAACAACGGCAUCCCAAUGAACCGAACGAUUUAAUGUGAAAUAUUUCUGUAAAUAUUUAUAAUAUAUUAUAAUUAUUUCGA